CCGAGAAAAUGUACCGCAAACCAAGGAGGACGAAAGAGAAGGAGCAGAACUGCAAUGGAGAGUGAAAUCCGGAAGAAACCCAGAAUCCUCUGCCUCCAUGGAUUCAGAACAAGCGCUAAAAUCCUCCAAGACUUGAUCAUGAAAUGGCCUCAAACCCUGCUGGAAAAGCUGGAUUUUGAUUUCCUCAACGCCCCAUUUCCUGCAGAAGGUGAAUCUGGACUUGAAGGAGUUUUUGAUCCUCCCUAUUACGAAUGGUAUCAAAGCGAUAAGGAGCAUAUGAAUUAUGGGAAUCUUCCAGAGUGUGUGGCAUAUAUAGAAGAUUAUAUGGUAAAGCAUGGUCCAUUUGACGGGUUGCUGGGCUUUUCCCAGGGGGCGUUCAUAUCAGCUACUGUGCCAGGACUCCAAUUGCAGGGUGCUGCUUUCACGAGGGUACCAAAGAUUAAGUUUCUAAUAUUAAUCUCAGCAGCCAAAUUCAAGGGAUUAAUGAAGCUUGGGCAGAAUAAGCUGGUUACCAAUGCAUUUUCACCUCUGGUUGUUUGCCCCUCUGUCCACUUCAUAGGGGAGAAUGAUUUUUUGAAGCCAGAGGGACUUCUUUUAUUGGAAUCAUUUGUAGAACCUGUUGUGAUAUAUCAUCCCAAGGGACACACCAUACCAAGACUUGAUAGAAAGAAUUUGGAGACAAUGCUUGGGUUCGUUGAGAAGAUUCAAAAUAUGAUUUCUGGGUUUAAACCAGAAGGGCAACCGAAAAAAUCUAGCAGUAUUAUUUUUGAGCCUCGUGUCAAAAGCUCAAUGUAAAAUUUCAUCAGUGAAGCAAACAGAGUUCAGCUUAAAAAUUCAAUAAUUGACGAGAUUAUUGGAACUGUACCUUUACAACAUGACUGCCUUUUCAUUUCCUGCAAGUGUUUUGACAGUUUUGUUUAUUGGUGAAGGCCGAAGGGCUCAGACCAAAAAUAUCACCUUCUAUUUAUCCUCAUAUUACACCUGAAUACCAAAGAGAGCACAUUUCACAAAAUUGGUCUCCAUUUCCUUUAGCCCAUGUAGACAGGCCAAUUGCGUGUACAGAUUCUUUCUACCCUUUACUCUCUCUCCCUCUUUUUGCCUGAUUUCAGGUACAUAUUCUGGAACUUAUUCAAACAUUAUUCAUGCUUUUGGUUUUGAAGCAAGCGUGUUACCCCUAUCUAUCACAAGGCUCUGGUUGAGAUUGCUUGUGCUUACAAAUCUAACAUGUCAAGCAUAGAACCUUUUCUCAUUAGGUGUUUGAAAAUGGUUUUUGCUUUGGUUCAUUGCUUGUAAAGUUCGGUUUUGGCUUGUGGGUUUUCAUUAUGUUUCAUGUAGAUUAGAUUCUGGGUUAUAAUUUGAGGGUCCUGUGAUGUUAUAACAGAUUGGAUUUGUAGUUUGUAAUGUGGGUUUCGAUUCUAGUUUAUAAUAGACAGAAUUCUGGUCUAUAGGUCAUUUUCGGAUGGACUGGUCCUUCUCUCCUCCAAUUAAUCUCAAGGAAUCUAUCUUCUUUUCAUUUUUUGACUCUAAAUUCGUUUAUAUUUGCUCAUGUUAAUCUGUUUGUUUAGUGUAAUGGUUUGUUAUCAGCUUCCCAGUUGAUUGAUGGCUUAUUAGUUGCAGGGGGAUGGAUGUGAAGCUUCUUUCUUGAUUAUUAUUUGGGAUUUGGGAUGUCUACAAGUAAUUGCAUUGGAAGAGCAAUUUCUCUGUGUACAGUCAUUUGGUUUGAUAUUGCAAAUAUUGUAAUCUUUUGAACUGAUGGUUUUGUUUUGUCCAUCAGAAGCAGUCAAUCAUUUGUAAUUAUCACUAACAUUACAUGGAAAUGCAGAAAUAUUUGCAGCUU